AUGGGGCUGCUGGAAACCAGCUGGGAGGGGGGUGUCACAUCUGCCUCCCACCCCUCUCUCCUGCACCCAGGCAUCAAAUGUGGAGGGGUGCUCUCAGCACCCUCCGGCAACUUCUCCAGCCCCAACUUCCCAGGGCCAUACCCCUAUGAGACAGAGUGCACGUGGCUGAUUGUGGUGGCCGAGGGCUCCUCCGUCCUGCUCUCCUUCAGCCACUUCGAGCUGGAGUACCACGCCGCCUGCGCCUACGACUACCUCCAGGUCUACAACGGGGCCACCCGCGACCAGGGCAACCUCCUGGGCACCUUCUGUGGCCACAGCGCCCCGCCGCCCUUCGCCUCUGCCUGGCACGUCAUGGCCGUCGUCUUCCGCUCUGACCGGCACGUGGCCAAGCGAGGCUUUGCCGCCGCCUACCGCAAAGAUGCCUGCGGUGGGCAGCUGAUAGGGCUGUCCGGGGAGAUCACCAGCCCGCGGUACCCAGAGAGCUACCCCAACGACGCCGAGUGCCGCUGGAGCAUCGGGGCAGCCGGCGGCCCCAUCACCCUGGUCUUCGCCGACUUCCAGGUGGAGGGCGGCCAGGGCUGCGGCUUCGACUACGUGGCCCUCUUCGACGGCCCCACCGCCACCGCCCCCCGCCUGGGUCGCUACUGCGGCAGCGCCUGGCCGCCCCGCACCGUCUCCUCCACCCGGCACCUCCUCGUCCUCUUCAAGUCGGACUUCAACAUCGUGGGAAGGGGCUUCAAGGCCCAUUUCUACUCGGGAGAGUGCCAGGAAGUCUACACCGCCAUCAAGGGGAAUUUCUCCAGCCCUCAGUACCCCAGCUUCUACCCCAACAACCUCCAGUGCCAGUGGAGCAUCCAGCUGCCCCCAGGCUACCGCAUCAAAAUCUUCUUCUUGGACCUGGAGCUGGAGGCCCAGAGCAGCCUGACCGGCGGCUGCGACUACGACCGCCUGUCUGCCUUCGACGGUGGGGCCGAGAACGCCUCGCUGCUGGGGACGUGGUGCGGACGCGACAGCCCAGCGCCCGUCACCUCCCGCAGCCAUCGGCUGCUGCUGGUGCUCCACACGGACCGCAGCAUGGCCAAGAGGGGCUUCUCCCUCGCCUACGUCGGAGUUGUGCCCAUGAACGUCAGCUGCACGCGGACCGACUUCCACAUCCAGAUCCCCAUGCGGGCCCUGGCCCAGCUGGAGAGGAACAAGAUUUAUUUGGGGAUGCCCUCCUGUGCAGCCCACGUGGUCGGCUCGAGCUUCAAGAUACAUACCCGCUUCGACACCUGCGGCACUGAGUCCCAGAGACGAAACAACACCAACAUCAUCGUCAGCACACUCUACAUCGACUUCUCGGCGGGCGACCGGGAGGACAUCCACCAGUACGAGGUGCAGUGCGAGCCGAAGAGGAAGGAAGCCACGGUCACCCUCAUCGCCGGCCCCAGCCCGCACAGGCUGAGCCAGGCUGAAAACCUGGUGGAGGACCAGCAGCGGGAGGCAGGAGGGGCGGACGCCCGCGAGGCCAAGAGCCAGGACACCAGCGACAUCGUCUUCAUCAGCAUCUGCAUCCUGGCCGGGCUCCUCAUGGUCAUCGCUGUGGUUGGGCUCGUGCUGCUGUAG